AGCCAGAGGGCAGCAGGAGCCUCUCAGCACCGAUCAGCCCCGGGCAAGGAGGUUGGCUUCUGCAUGUCACCAUUAGGCCAGCAGCCCAUGGCACACUAGUUUGGCAUUGCCAGGAUCCUGGAGAACCCCACCUGCAGGGACAGUGUCCCUGAGCUGCCACCCCAGGCCCCCUCGAUGCAGCAUCCCAUGGGAGCCUGACAGUUCCUCGGGGUGGUCCAGGGGGGAAGCCGAUGACAGCCCUUACCCAGGGUGAGGGAGGUCCCCCAAGCCUUCUCCAUGGGAACAGAGAUCAGUGUUUGCUCCAUGACAAAGCCUUAUCUGCAACCUUUACCCGUGUUUGCUCAGACCCUCCGGCCAUUGGGUGGCCAGGCCUGGCUCCCCCCAAGACAAGGUACAUUCCUGCUGCAGGACAGGCGGCGCUGGCUCAGCACAUCCUGCCAGGGCAGCCAGGCCACAGCACACCCCGAGCCCACGGCCAGCGCCCGGCCAUGGAGGCUGAUGAUGGCACAGAGGAGCCCCCUCUGCCCCUGGCACUGAGCAGGUUCCAGGUCUCCGAGGAGUUCGGCUUCCUGCUUCCCGAUCCACUGACAGAACUGCCAGAGCCCUACAGCCCCUGGAUGGAGGUUGCCCACGAGCUGCCCCAGCUGAUCGCCAGCCACCGGCUCCGCUCCCGCGUUCACCAGAUGCCGCAGCUGAGCGCCCGGCACCUCCGAGGACGUGAGGAGCUGCACUUGGCACACCUGGUGCUCAGCUUCAUCACCAUGGGCUACGUCUGGCAGGAGGGCGAGGAGGGCACCGUGCAGGUCCUGCCCCGAAACCUCGCCGUCCCCUACUGGGAGGUCUCCGAGGCCCUGGGCCUCCCACCCAUCCUCAGCCACGCAGACUUUGUGUUGGCCAACUGGAGGAGGAAGGACCCCAACGGGCCUCUGGAAAUCGAGAACCUGGACCCCAUCAUCACCCUGCCCGGGGGAGAGAGCCUGCGGGGCUUCGUCCUCGUCACCCUCCUGGUUGAGAAGGCGGCUGUGCCUGGCAUCAAGGCAAUCGUCAGGGCCCUUCAUGCCAUCCUGCAGCACGAUGAGGAGACCCUGCAGAGAGCCCUGGAGGAGCUGGCAGGGGCCAUCGAGGCCAUGAGGGAGGCGCUGAGGCGGAUGCACGACCACGUGGAUCCCGCAGUGUUCUACGCUGUGAUCCGCAUCUUUCUCUCUGGUCCCUGUCCCCAGCUGCCCCACGGGCACUGCCUGACCCCGUGUCUCCCGCCCAGCUGGAAGGACAAUCCCGCCAUGCCGGCCGGGCUGGUCUAUGAGGGGGUGUCCGAGGAGCCCCUGGCGUUCUCGGGGGGCAGCGCGGCUCAGAGCACGGUCCUGCACGCCUUCGAUGAGCUGCUGGGGAUCCGCCACAGCCAGGACACCGCCGCCUUCCUGCACAGGAUGAGGAACUACAUGCCCCCGCCCCACAGAGCCUUCGUGGAGGAGAUCCAGCGUGGCCCGUCCCUGAAGCAGCACGUGCUCUCCUGCAGGGACAGGCGGCUCCGCGGGGCCUUCAACCGCUGCGUGGCAGCGCUGGCAGAGUUCAGGUCCUACCACAUCACCGUGGUCACCAAGUACGUGGCCGUGGCGGCGGCCAAAGCCAGGGCCGGGCGGGCAGAGCCGGGCGCCAGGGCUGGCCCUGCCCUGGGGAAGGCCCCGUCUGCGCUGGAGGCCAAAGGCACCGGCGGGUCCCACAUCUUCAGCUUCCUCAAGAGCAUCAGGGACACCACCAGGGAGGGGAUGAUAAGUGCCUGAGGUGCCCCGAGGGCCGGCAGGGCACUGCCCAUGGUGGGUGCAGGAGGCUGGGCAGCUCCUGUCCGUCUGCAGCACAGGAGCCAAGGUCCAAAACCUCCCCUCGGCAGCAUCACUCCCACCUGUGCGUGUCUGGGACACGAGGAACGUGCUCGGGGCUGCCGAGGGAGGACAGUGCUGCUGCUUCCCCCCCAGAAGGCACACGGUGAGCUCAGCAUCCCCCCACGGCCUGGAGACAGGCACAGUGUCCUCCCGUGGCACUGGCAUCAGCACAUCAUCCCAAGGCACCAGGAUGGGUGCAGCGUCCUCCCACGGCACCGGGACGAGCCGUGUACCUGCCAGCCCCGCCUGCCGCCCGCAGCACCCCGGGGGUCGGGGCUGCUGGACACGGGGGGGUUACACGGACGAAUAAAGCAGCGAAUCCCGA